ACAUUUUCAAAAUCCACACAGAUUUACCAAAAAGCACUUGCGUUCAACUCAUAUUUACCAAUUUCCAUCCCUCGAUCCUUUCAAACCGUCGUCUUCUUCCUUCAGCUCUCAGUUGAAGCCCACCAAAAUCCACUCCUCGUCUUAUACCUUUCCGCCAUUUUCUUCAACUUUUCACUUUCUCCUCCAUUCAAGUUCCUCAGUUUCCUCCGAUUUCUCUGACGCAUUCAAAGCCAUGAGCAGAUUCAGCAGAUUCGAGCUCAUCGAGCCCUACUACUCCCGCUACCCUUCGCUUCUACUUGCUGAGGCCGAAACCUCCAUUUUCGUCCCAAAACCUCUCUCAUUUCCCUUCCAAUCUUUCGCCGAUGAAGUGCCUGACUUCGAUUUCGCCUUCGACUUGCUCAGCCACCGCCCUGCCGCGUUCGACUCCUUCACCGAUCUGCUACAGAUCGACGAGGCGCCGUCGUUUUCGUCCUACAGCCGGAUUCGGAGAGUUGAGAGGUCGAGAGACGAGGCUGUGCUGCGGAGACUGAGCGAUCGGGUUAGUGAGCUUGAGGCGCGGUUUGAUCGGCUGACUACUGCGAGGGUUAGCGGCUAUGGCGAUCGGAAGUACACUUGGACGAAGGAAAUCAAAGGAGCGGAGAAGCACGGCGCUGAUCGUAAGUAUAAGCUGAUAGCUGAGAUUAAAGACGGGAAGAAGAACAAGGAGGGCAAGCAUGGUGCGGUUGUGCAGAACUACAAGUGGACUGCGGAGAUCAAAGGAAAGGAUGAGAGGGAUCCGGUGGUGCGGAAGUACACAGUGGAGGUAUCGUCUGGUUAUGGAAGUGAGAAAACAGAGAAGAAGGAGGAGAAGAAAAAGAAUGGCAAGAAGGUGGAGAAUGAGACGCGUGUGGUUGAGAUUGAAGACAAUGAAAAUCAAGGAGCUGUCGUUUUAAGACAGGCCUUUGCCAAGAGAACUAGAGUUAUUGAAAAUAAGAAGGGUAAGAAGAAGGAGAUAUCUCCUCAAGAUGCAGCUGUUAUCAUUCAGUUGAGCUUCAGAGAAUACUUAAUUCACAGGUCAAAGGUUCUUCGUGCUCUUAGAGAUCUGACAGUUGCCAAGACAAAGUUGAAGGAGAUCAGGGCAUCCUUCCAUAACUUCGCUUACAGUCAGCGACUGGCUCGGGAUGCAGAGGAGCGUCAGAGGUUCACUGAAAAAAUAAUUGUCCUGCUCCUUACUGUCGAUGCUAUUGAGGGAGCUGAUUUGAUGGUGCGAACUGCAAAGAGGUCAAUGAUAGACGAGCUAGAAGCAAUGCUUGAUGUUGUCGAUCCACAACCUAUCAAGAAAUCGGUUUCCUUCCGGAGGAGGACGUUCGAUAUGCCCAGUGGAAGCAUCAAUAAUGAAAUUGCAGCUGGUGUAGCACAGGUAGUCGAAUUGAUUGAUCAAGCAGAGAACAGGGUCAACGCUUUUGAAUCUGCUGCAUAAGGAGAUGUGAUUUCUCAUAAUAUUGCCUCUUUCGAGUUCGAGUAAGGUUCUUGCAGACGAUGAAGUGGCUUAGUUGGUGAGAUAUAUUAUGCAUUCGGUAUGUUUUGGUCUAGAACGGAGCUUUUGAUUCUGAGUACUGACGUUCUUCAGUUUAGUAGAUGGUUGUCUUUCAUGUGCUUGUGGUUGUGCUUUUGCCUGUAUGCUUGUAAUGUGUCAAAACCUAUACUUUACCUAAUCUCCCUUGUGGAUUGAUUAUAUGAUAUCUAUGUUGUAUGAACCCUUUGGACUAUUUUCUUCUGUUGUAGUUUUUCUCUCAUUC